AUGAAAGAAUACAGGGAGAAUUCGAUCCCUGGAAAUCCAGCUGCAAGUCUGGAUCACAUCAAGCCAUGUUGGUACUGGGACAAGAAGGACCUGGCUCACACCCCCUCCCAGUCCGAGGGUCUGGACCCGGCCACCGAGGCCCGGUACCGAAGAGAGGGGGCUCGAUUCAUCUUCGACGUGGGCACGCGCCUGGGACUGUAUCCUUCCUUCACUGACUGUGUGCAAAUAUGCAUGAUCUGGUGUCUCUUUUGAUGGUUUGGUUGUGUUGGCAGCCAGGAGAGUAAACUGGUGCAGCGUCAUGGUUCUGUUAGAAUAAUGCAUUGUUUGUUUGUUAUUUGACAAGUGGCAGAUUAUAGUCAGAUUGAUCAAUGCAGAAUUUCAUUAUCCACGUCACUGUUACAGUAACUCCCCAGGCUGGAGCCUCCGAUGCCCCCUCUACCAACAUCACAACCCCCCUCAGGUUCCUUAACCCUGUGAUCAGACACUAUGACACAUUGGCUACAGGGAUCAUCUACUUCCAUCGCUUCUACAUGUUUCAUUCCUUCAAGCAGUUCCCCAGAUAUGUAAGUAUUCACACUGUAUCUACAACUCUUGCUUUGGAAUAACUCUAGUUUAGAUCCCUGUGAUAUGGAUAAGUGGAGUUGAGUUUACUAAGUUAGCUUUUGACCAGACUUAGCUAUGUUAAAGAUGGUUUAGAUGAGCCUUUUACAAUGGAAAUCGUUGUCACAGGUUGAAAAAGGCUUCCCCUAUUCAUCUGUGGCAGUGUUAUAUUUAUUUGCUUCUACUGUAUAUACCCAGCUAACAAAUGCUACGUCUCUACAGGUGACUGGGGGUUGCUGUCUAUUCCUGGCUGGUAAAGUGGAAGAGACCCCAAAGAAAUGUAAAGACAUCAUCAAGACCGCUCGCAGCCUGCUGAAUGACAUACAGUUCGCCCAGUUUGGAGAUGACCCAAAGGUGAGAGCCUCACUUAGUGUGUAAACUUUGACAAUUGCCUGGAUUACAAGACGGUAAUACAUGCAUAUAUGUUGGUACUAUAAUAUUGAGGGAACCUCGUACAUUGCAUUAAAUCUAUUCAUUGUAAGUUGCUAGUAUAACGUUUUGUGACCCCUGACCAGGUAGUCAAUUAUAUUUCCCUCCCUGGGAAGGACAGGGUCUGUAUCCAAAAUACAUCCUGGUCACAAUAUUUUCCAUGACUCUGAUCCUGUAUAGGAGGAGGUGAUGGUGCUAGAGAGGAUCCUGCUGCAGACCAUUAAGUUUGACCUGCAGGUGGAGCACCCAUACCAGUUCCUGCUCCGCUACGCCAAGCAGCUCAAAGGUACACUGUUACAGAUGCUUGAUUUGGGUUGCAAAAUUCUGCUAACUUUCCUAAGAUUCUCAUGUUUUCAAGAAAUCCUGGUUGGAAGAUUCCAGGAAGGGAAUAAGUAGGGAAUCCUCCAAACGGGAUUUCUGGGAAAUCUGGGAAUUUUGGGAAAGUUACCAACAUUUGGCAACCCUGAUCUAUGCUAUGAUCUAUGAUGGGCUGGCCUGGUUACCUGUUCACUAUAGUAGCUGGAAGUGUGCUGGAAAAGACAAUGUGAAGGGGGUUGGCCCUAUGGUGUGAAUCAGGCCUAUGGUGUGAAUCAGUCACUACAGUUGAUCUACAAUGAUAUAAUCAUAAUCUGAUCUAGUCUGUUAUUACCCUGUCUGAAUGAAAACUACCCCUAAACUCAUGCACCUCUUUCUGUUCACAGAUCUGAAGUAUUUCCGAUCUGUUUCAGGUGAUAAGAACAAAGUCCAGAAGCUAGUUCAGAUGGCCUGGACCUUUGUGAAUGACAGGUGAGCAGUUAAACAACCCGAACAUGGAUGUGUAACUCGGCAGAACCAUGGAAGUACAUCAAUACCCAUGUGUCUAUUAUAAAUCAAUCAUAGCUGAUCUAGGAUCAGGUCCCCCUUCUUAUUGAUUAUGAUUUAAAAGGCUAAACUGAUCCUAAAUCAGAACUCUGAGAUGCUUUAUUAAUAUGUGCCCUGUAAUUGAUGGACACGCGUCUCUGCUCUCCUACCCCCCAGCUUGUGCACUAUGCUGUCCCUACAGUGGGAGCCAGAGAUCAUAGCUGUAGCGGUCAUGUACCUGGCUGGCCGGCUGUGUAAGUUUGACAUCCAGGAAUGGACGUCCAAGCAGUCUUCACGGCGAUGGUGGGAGCAGUUUGUCCAGGAUGUCCCAGUGGAGCUGCUGGAAGGUGGGACUGGCUGUUCUCUCUCGCUCUGUCUCUGUCUCUCUCUGGAGCACUUCUCUGGUUUCAUUUGUGUAAGGCUGUUUUUAGACGUCAAACACCAUUUAUUUUUCCCAUAGGGAAUUUUAGAAACACUUAAAAUAAGGGCUGUGUUUCGUGUAGGCUUACCAUGGCGUGACGUUUUGAUAACAAUACUGUGGUACUCUAUUAUCAUAACAAUAUAUCCAUCAUUUAGAUCCAUACUUAUGAAAUGCACUCCUCAUUAAUGACCUCCUCCUCUGCUCCAUAGACAUCUGCCACCAGAUCCUAGACCUAUACUCCCAGGGCAAGCAGCAGAUGCCCCAGACCCCCAGCGAGAAGACCCCACCUACCCCCGUCCCCACCCCCGUCCUCACCCCCACCCCUCAGCAGCUGCAGGCCCUCACCCAGCCCCCGCUCCCCAACCCCCCCGUCCCGCCACCACUCAGCAAGAAGGUCUCGCCCCAGACCAGCCCUCCCCGCCAGCUCAAACGAGCCCACGUGAGUCUGACACCCAGUUUAAAGGUUCUUGUGAGGGCAUGCACCAUGUUAUUUUCAUUACCACAGGCACUAAAUUGAGCUGUUUUUGUUUUUCACACCCAUUUCACUUGUUUGUUGUUUGUUGUUUAGGUAUCAUCUCCUAAAGAACAAAGCCAGGCACCUGGUGAGCACAACCUUUUCUCUGGCUGAGACAGUAGAUUAAUCUAUGGAAGCAUAUAGCUGCCAAUAUUAAUUUUUAAAGGAUUCAUAACAGUACGUAUGUUAGAGUAUGACUUAUUGCUGUCUCUCUCUCUCUUCUCCAGAGCCAGUGGGUUCUAAGAUCCCCAGGCUGGAGCCUCCGAUGCCCCCUCUACCCACAUCACAACCCCCCUCGGGUGAGUCCCCUACCCUGGUCCACUCAGAAGAACACCACACUAAUAGCCAGAUUCACUAAGCCUCUACACCAGUACAACUACUUGUGCACCUGUUGGUUUCCAGAGGGAAUAUCCGUAGAUUAAAAUAUAAAAGAAAGGAAAUAAAUCCUGUCGUGAAGUUUUAUAAAGACAGUCCCAUGUCCAUUAGCCUUAUCGUUUUUCCUUCUGCUAUUCCCGUAUGGAAAAGACUUAUUGCACAGUGCAAGAUUUGAUUUGGUGUAAAUGCGCCACAGAUCUGUCCACUCCACUCCCUACUGUAACGUCUCAUGUUGCUGAAUAGAUUAUUGACACAUGGCAUUCCUGCUAAGUGGUUGAGAAGCCCCUGCGAAGCCCUUGGUAUGCGUCCCAAAUGGCACCCCAUUUUCUACAUUGUGCACUACUUUUGACCAGGGCCCAUAGGGCUCUGGUCAAAAGUAGUGCACUACAGUAUAUAGGGAAUAGGGCCAUUUGGGAUGCAGGGUCUGAGAAGCCCCUGGUCCCAUCCAGUCCGUCCCCUCAGCCCCUGAAGGAGCUAGCUGAGCUGGGGUGGAAGAAGUGGUUAGCUGCUGGUAUUAACUGGUCUGUUCUGUCUUCUCCUCUGAUUGGCUGAGAGAACGAGAGGUGUCUAGGCCAGGCUUAUGUGUUGAAGUAAGAAGAUGGUGUGUUUGAUAGUGGUUAAGUGGUUUGAUUCAGUUGUUGUUUCUCUAAGGGUUCUCUAAUUCUCUUCUCCCUGCAGACCGCAAGCCUCCAGCCUCCCACCCCUCCGCCCUUCUCCCAGGAGAGACAGACCCAGCUGGGGCAGGAGGCCCAGCGGAGCCCCCUAAAGGACCUCCACCUCCCCCCCACUCAGCCUCCCUCCACCAGCCUCCGCCGCUUCCCCACCGCCCCCCUCCACCACCCCCAUCCAGCUAUAUCAUGGGCAUCCCCACCUCCAGCUCCUAUAUGUCAGGAGAGGGCUUCCAGAGCCUCCAGUCUAUGAUGAAGACAGAGGGGCCGUCCUACAGCACCGUCCCUCCAUCCUAUGGCCCUCCCCUGGCCUACCACAGCCAUGUCUACCCCCCUAACGCCCCACCGCCUGGUCCUCCACUCUCCGCCUCCUACCCUCCACCCAACCUCCCUCCACCCUCGCCCGCCUACCCCCCGCCGGGGUACAACCACAGCUACCCUCCCCCGCCCCCUCAUCGCAUGCCCCCGGGACACGGGGAUUAUCCGCCUGUGAUGGGCAUCCCUCCUAGCAACUAUCCCCCACCCCCUGGAGGACAGAGCCAGGUACCCCCUCCGCUGCCCCCUGGUAUGCCCCCCAUCGGUGGCAUGAGUCAGGGGGCGUGGUUG